CUGUGUGUGUGUGUGUGUGUGUCUGAAGCACACGCCCUCUGGUUGCAGGGAUGGCCAGCGUGUGAGAGGAGGCUGGUGAGAUCACGGAUGAGCAGUUCAGUUUACCCCCGUCGCUGCCGUGAGCGUGAACGCGAGAGUGAACGCGAGAGUGAACGUGAGAGAGCGAGAGAGCAGAGCUGAGAGGACCCUUCUCCAGGUUACCGCUGACUUCCAGAGAGUGCGCGCACACACAGACACACACACACAUACACACACGCACGCGCGUGCACACACACACACACACACGCAGUGUGGGCAGGCUGAGGCUUGGAAGCAUCUUGUAGAAGCUUUUGUUAGUGUGUCCAGCGCAGAACAACGAGCUCAACCCACCAUGGAGGAGAACAUGGAUGAGGGACAGACGCAGAAAGGCUGCUCUGAGUGCUGCAUUAAAUGCCUGAGUGGGAUUCCUUAUGCCUCCCUGAUUGCCACUGUCCUGCUGUACGCCGGGGUGGCAUUGUUCUGCGGCUGCGGUCAUGAGGCCCUUUCCGGCACCGUCACCAUCCUGCAGAACUACUUCGAGGUGGUCCGUUCACCACUUGAUGCACUGGAUGUCUUUACCAUAAUCGACAUCCUGAAGUACGUGAUCUAUGGGGUAGCGGCAGCAUUUUUCGUGUAUGGAAUCCUUCUGAUGGUGGAGGGCUUCUUCACCACUGGUGCCAUCCGCGACCUCUAUGGGGACUUCAAGAUCACCACCUGCGGCCGCUGUGUGAGCGCCUGGUUCAUCAUGUUGACCUAUAUCUUCAUGCUGGCCUGGCUGGGAGUGACCGCUUUCUCUUCUCUACCCGUCUUCAUGUACUUCAACAUCUGGAACACCUGCCAGAAUGUCACUGCACUGGAGAGCACUAAGCUGUGCAUUGACCUGCGCCAGUUUGGCAUCGUGACCCUCAGCGAGGACAGAAUAGUCUGCAGCAACAUGGAUAAGUUCCAGGAACUGUGCAAGUCCAGCGAGCUGGACCUCACUUUCCACUUGUUUGUCUGUGCACUCGCGGGGGCGGGAGCAGCUGUCAUCGCCAUGGUGCACUACCUGAUGGUGCUGGCAGCCAACUGGGCCUACGUGAAGGACGCGUGUAGGAUGCAGAAAUACGAGGACAUCAAGACCAAGGAGGAGCAGGAGCUGCACGACAUCCACUCCACCCGCUCCAAAGAGCGCCUGAACGCCUACACAUAAACACACACACACACACACACACACACACACGGUGCAUACCCUUCCCUCUUUUGAAUAACAUACACACAUAUUCAUUUGUAAACAUGCUAACUGAAGUCUUUUAAAACUGAGUUCUCUGCAGCAUUAAGGAAUCGGAUGGGUUUGGGUAGGAACAGGUUAAUCUUCCAAACCUUUUCACCUGUGUGUGGAAUAGAAUGUUGGUCAGGGAAACUGAUGAUGAUGAUGUCUCUGACUACCCAUAGUCUAUCAGGAUCUGGGCUUUUUUUCCCCACCAUGCGAUCUUUUUUCUGCUCCUUUGUUCUCUUUGUCUUAAAGGUCUUCUUCAGCUGUUUUUCUGAGCACAUUUCUCCACGUGAAAUGACACCUUUUUGUUUGUUUAACCAUUUAGUUUUCAGUCAAUGUCGCCUUAAUCGUCGCAACACUUUUUAAUGUAAACACAUUAAAGUUUCUUUGAGUUCCUCAACCUGGGCACCACACGUAAAGCAGACAGAUCUUCUGUUUGCCUUUUCAACCUUCAUGUCCUAAAUGUGACCAAACUUGAACAAUUUCUACAGGUAAACCUCUCACAGGUGAUCGGUGGCAGGCUGCGUCGGCAUUACAAAAUGUACAGACUCCUUCCCGGCACGUUCAGUAGUGGUUGGGAGCUCAGAAUUUCAGCACAGGAUUGUACAGUGACUUCUUCCUGCGCUCGUCGCUUGGCCUAACUCCAAAAUGUGUGCUAGCUGCGCUAACUACAUCAUAAAGCUGCAAUGUUGCUUCUUCAUCUCCAUCUGCAGGUUAGAACGGUCAGGUGGUCAGGAAGCUGAAGGAGGGGGAGGACCAAGUGAUGGGGUGUGGCUGGGGGCGGGGCUUUUUUGCUUUUUUUUUAUACUCAAACCUCUGAUUGACUGCCUGUUUAGUGUUUUCCCCAGACUGACUGUAGACAUCUGACAGUCUGUAGAUAUUGGAUAGACUCUUAAUUUUCUCUUGUUUUUCACGAGCCAUAAUCUCACUUACAAGUAACAUUUUCAGGUGUUUUAUUGCUUUGUUUUGGCUUGAGCAUUUGAAAUGUAUCUUGUUUUUUUGUUACUCCGCUGAACUGUAUAUAUACAGUAUAUAUCUAAAUAAAUGUAUACAUAUAUUUCACAUCAAUUUCAGGUCAUAAGAGUUUAGAAAACAUACAUAGUGACAUUUAGGUGAGAUUCUUGAGAUCUCUUUCCAUAUCUGGGACAAAAAAAUAAAUAAAUAAACAAUUUUUUAAAAAAGUGUCCAAAAGUUAAGGACAAAGUUUUUGGUUACAACACCUUGGCCCAUUGCCAAACGUAUGAGUAAAAAGAUCACAUUUGAGGGCUAAUUACUGUUUGCCAAAAUGGCAUUGCUAAAUAAAUGAGAACAUGUAACAUGGUGGUACAUGUGGGCCACACGUGUUAUUUUUGGAUAUAGACCAAACUCUUCUGGCGAGUUCUUGACUUCUUUAACUGCAUUGAGUUUGCAAAAGUGUCUCAUGAGUCUGUUGCCUGGCAACAGUCAUUUUGCCAGUGACAUUAAAAAACACACAAAAAAGUAAAAAAUGAAGUUAGGUUUUUUUUUUGUGUGCACUUAUUGGCCAAUGUGAGCUCCUCCUCUGUGUAAGUGCAUUAGCACUGGUCGUACCGCAUCGGCAAAGAAAGGCUGUUAUCUAGCUGUUAAUUGUGGCAUGAUUAUCAAUUUAAUGGUUGUAGUUUUAACAGAUGAAAAAAUAGAAAAAGAACAAAGUCCUUUGCUUUCAUUUGUACAUUUGACUGUUGCUGAGGUCAGCAGUUUUUUUGGUUUUUUUUUUUUUAAACUUUCUUUCUCCAGUGUGCAGUAACAGUUGCUAAGCUAACAGUAUUAAAGCCUAAAUAUCUUCUUAGGUUGUAGUGUUUUGGUUUUGUCCUCACUGUUUUGUAUUGAUUUUCAAACCCAUGUCUUGAAACAGAUGUCUUGUUAUGAUGUUGCAUAUACAGUAUUACAGAGAUUUAAACUCUCUCUCUCUAUCCUGUUCCUCUCUGUUUGUCCCUGUCUCCUGCGCUCUUAUGUUAGCCUUUUGUACUCUCACUAAGAAUGCUUUGUAGCCGGCUGUAAAAUUAAUCAGUUUUGUACAUAAAUGUGCCAACAGCUUGACAGUGUUUUUUUUUUUUUUUUUUCUUUCUUUUUUUUUUUUUUCUCUUGAAUAGUAGGAACAAACUUGCUUGCAUAAAUAAAAACACUUGUGUACUUGUUAAUAACGAA